ACGAAUAUGCCUGUGUUUACUCUACGAGUCUGGGCAAUGGUUAAACUGUUUGAUAUUAUCCAGAAUCCUUUUCUCCAGGUAUUGAGGGUUGAAAGUAUGCCUAAGAUGUUAAGAUCUUGUGUUGUCAGGAACCUAGAAAGCUUCAAGGGACUCAAAAUCUUGGGGCUACAGGCUGGAAACUCGCUUACUCCGUAUAUUUGUAGAGGAAUUGUUAAUAUGCAGAGUUUAGUGUCUUUUUCCUUGAAAUAUAAUUUUACUGAUGAAAUGUUAUCUGCCCUGUUAGCCUGCAAAUCUACACUUAAGGUUUUGGACAUUGAGAACUCUAGACAAAUCACAGAUCUAAGUGUUCCCAGUAUUUUAGAGUUUUCUGGUUUAGAAGAACUGAGCAUAUCUAGAACAGGGAUAUCUGAGGAGGGACAAGCACAUAUAUUAAUCAACCUUCAUAAUAUUGUCAGACUGCCAAGAGGAGACUACCUAUGCGAGGCUCUGGAUUGGAUUGCCUGGGAGCUUAAACCUCGUCCUCAACCAAUAUUCAAAAUUAGAAACUUCUGGUCCUCCGAGGUUUAUUAUUUUCAUAGUUUAGAUCAAAUACAGUUGGUUCUCGAAAUGUGUCCUUAUAUCCAGGAUAUGCUCUUCAUGUUCCAGGAUAGAUAUACUUGUCCUCUUUCUGUCCUUGGAAGCUUCAACUGUUUAACGGAUUUGGAAUUAUGGGGCGGAGAUUUCUAUUCUGAUGAUAUGGAAAACGUGCUCCAGCAAAUUGGAUCCAACCUUACUAAACUUGACUUGCAUCAUUUUGAAAGCCUGGAUUCUCAAGCAAUUGCCUUGAUAUCCUUCUACUGCACCUCCUUGCAACAUCUAGGAUUCAGUGGGUGUGGGUUUAUUGAACCGAGAACAGUAUCAGAAGAGUUUCACCAGACAGACAGAUGGUAA